AUGUCUCGCUCUGACGGAGUCUGCUGCUGGCUCCUACUGGUCCUCACCCUCUCCGGUUUCCUCAUCUUAAUUCUUUGGCUAACCCUCCGCCCCUCGGCGCCCUCCUACACCAUCGUCGACCUCUCCAUCCCAAACGCUAAUGGCACCGGGAACACCACCAUCUUGUUCGGUCUCGAGGUGUCCAACCCCAACUUGGGUGGCGGAGUCUACUAUUCCGAUAUGAACGUCACGUUAUUUUUGUUCGAUGAAAAUGCCGGGUCCAUGACGAUGCCUUCUUUCUACCAGGGUCAUCAGAGGACAACCUCGUUGAGAGGAGGUGUGGAUGCCGGCCGGAGGUGGAGCGACGCAGUUGUUAGGGCCGUCACUAAUGGGACGACGCAGUUGACCAUGGGGUUGGUGACGAAGGUGAGGUAUAAGACAUUAUGGUGGUGGAGUAGAGUUCAUAGGAUGGUCGAGCAGGCAAGGAUGUCGGUUGGAAAGGACGGAAAGGUUCGCAAGGCGAGGAUGCAUCGGAGUCGCAGGAAACGGAAGUCACUGCUUUUGGGAGGAUAG